GUUUACUCGGAAGAGAUGAACCCAAAGUUAAGGUUGAUUGCAGGAGUACUUGCGGUGGUGGCCGCAGCGUUGGCCGUCAACCCACCUGACUACUGGAAGCUCUUUGGGCUUGGAGUAGCUCCGAUUCCGGGCUCCAUUGACCUCCUCCACACUGCACAAGUCAUCCCUGUUCCUGGAGCCUUGGGACCCGAGAGUCUCGCCUUCGACCCCACCGGAGAUGGGCCCUACACCGGCGUCGCCGACGGCCGUGUUCUCAAGUGGGAUCGGAACAAUCGCCGGUGGACUGAUUUUGCAGUCACUACUUCCCAAAGGAAGGAAUGUGUUCGCCCUUUCGCACCAGAAAUGGAGCAUGUCUGUGGAAGGCCUUUAGGAUUAAAAUUUGAUAAGAAAAAUGGAGAUCUUUAUAUCGCUGAUGCGUAUCUUGGCCUUCAAGUAGUAGGUCCUGCUGGAGGGUUGGCAUCUCAAGUGGUCAGAGAAGUUGAAGGUCAGCCACUUCUCUUCACCAAUGACUUGGACAUUGAUGAGCAUAAGGAUGUAAUUUACUUCACAGAUUCAAGCACAAUCUUCCAGAGAAGGCAGUUCAUGUCAUCAGUCUUUAACGGAGACAGGACUGGCAGAUUACUAAAGUACAACAAAUCAAGCAAAGAAGUAACUGUUUUACUACGAGGUCUUGCCUUUGCCAAUGGUGUUGCUCUGAGCAAAGACCGCUCUUUUGUGCUAGUAGCUGAAAGCACUACUUGCAGGAUCUUGAGGGUUUGGCUUGAUGGUCCAAAUGCUGGAAAUACUGAUGUUUUUGCUGAGCUUCCAGGAUUCCCAGACAACAUAAGAAGGAACUCGAAUGGAGAGUUUUGGGUUGCAUUGCAUGCAAAGAGUGGAUUUGUAUCCAAGUUUAUUACCUCGAACACAUGGGUUGGAAAGUCGAUGUUAAAGCUUCCUCUCGACUUUAAGCGGCUGCAUUCCCUACUAGUAGGAGGCAAGGCCCAUGCAACUGCCGUGAAGUUGAGCGAGAAUGGAGAAGUUUUGCAAGUUUUGGAAGAUUGUGAGGGAAAGACUAUGAAGUUCAUUAGUGAACUGGAAGAGAAGGAUGGGGAGCUCUGGAUGGGGUCAGUUUUAAUGCCUUUCAUAGGCAUUUAUAAACUAUAGAAAGUAUGAAGCAAUUAGCUUUUGAUGUAAUUUCAAUAAAACAUGUACUUUAACAUGCAUAGCAGAAUCUGUUUGAAUCAUUUUCUCUCCUUGUUGUACAAACCUUAUCAACGUUUCUGUUCCACUACUGAAUAAAAAUUACUGUUAGAAAUGUUUCAACAA